AUGGAGGAUAGGAUUCACUUUGAUAUCAACGACUCUCUCAAAUUCUAUUUGAGCGACCCGACCUCUGUGCCGACUCCUGAAGCUGACUCCGAGUUAUUGGAGUUCGAAGCCGAGCCGGAGCAGCUGUCCAGCGCAAUCAUCGACAAUGUACUAAACUCGAUCGUAGAUGCGGUGGCUGAGAAUCCAGAGGGGCUAUCCAGAGCAUCCUCAUUUGAUUCAUUGCAGUUUCUUCUGAAGUGCGCCUUCGCCCCUAAUCCCGAGGCCUUCGUUGGCCCAUUUGGUCCCAAUUCUGAACUUUUGAAUUCUUACAGAUAUUCCACCUUUCUUCCGACGAAGUCCUUGAGCAAGCUCCUCGACUUGAUAGUUUCUGGUUUAUCGGUUGAGGCUGAUAUUAUCCAUGGAGAUCUCGAAUCCGAUGAACAGGACAGCAUCCAACACCAUAAGGAGCUCCUGGAGAUGUAUGGCUUCGUUCUGCAAUGGGCACUCUCCGCUGUCGAGUUGAAGGCUGCCGAAAAGCCAGCAGAAACCGCGCCCGCCCGGCGGGGAACUGGUAAGUCUGCGAGGUCUAAAGCCACCAAGGACAGCAACUGGGAUGGAACAGCCCAAAUUCAGGUAGCAAUGGAGACCAUGUGCAAAGUCAUGAAGUUAAAACUCAGCAAAAUAUUUCUUACCACAUCGGACCGAGAUACGUUUAUCAACCUGUUCACCCGCUCAAGUUAUCUCAUUUUGGAGAGCGAGCAGCGAGUGAAAAGCAUGGCGAUCCGGAUGCAUGCCUUCAAAGUCUUAUGUAUCGCAGUGAAGCACCACGGCCAUGGAUUUGGUGCCCAGACAUCUAUCGUGCAAAGCUUGACAUACUUCGAGCACCUGUCUGAACCGAUGGCAGAGUUUUUACAUAUCCUCGCAGAGCAAUACGACUACCCGCAAUUAUCAGAUGAGAUUCUAAAGGAACUCGGAAACAAAGAAUUCAACUCGAAUGACACUCGAGGCCCAAAAUCAGUUUCUGCAUUCAUAAUCAAGCUUUCCGAGCUUGCUCCCAGGCUCAUUAUUAAGCAAAUGACGCUGCUCGCCAAACAAUUGGACAGUGAGUCAUAUACCCUGCGGUGCGCCGUCGUCGAAGUAUGCGGAAACCUCAUAGCCGAUCUUAGCAAGCAGGAAGAGCGAACAGACAACUACAAAACACAGAUCAACGCAUUCUUUGAUGUUCUUGAAGAACGGUUCCUAGACAUCAACCCUUAUUGCCGUUGCCGAGCUAUCCAAGUUUACAUGAGAAUUUGCGAUCUGGAACAGAAAUUUCCGAAACGCCGACAAGCAACUGCCGAGCUAGCGGCAAGGAGCCUCGAGGACAAGAGCAGCAAUGUUCGGCGAAAUGCGAUUAAAUUGAUUGCAAAAUUAGUGUCCACGCAUCCUUUUGGCGUCAUGCAUGGCGGACAGCUCUCCUUGAAUGAAUGGACAGAGCGGAUCGACGCCGUAGACGCCGAACUCAAUGCGCUGAGACCCCCAGAGACGCCAGGCUUCGACGCCGGAGAUGUUUCGCAAGUAGACAGUGAGCUCUUGGAUGAUGCAACGCAAUUACCAGACGAAUCGCCCUCAAAAGCACCGCAUAUUUCAGAAGAGGAGCAGACAAUAGCGAUGAAGAAGGCCGCCGAACAAGCGGCUACGUCGGAGUUGCUCGCUCGAUUGCAACUGACCAGGAAAUAUUACAACGAAGCGAUCCGCUUUAUUGAAGUUCUCCACACAUCAUCCAACAUUGUUACCCAGCUUCUUUCUUCUAAGAAUAAAAGCGAGGCUAUUGAGGCCAUGGACUUUUUUGUCAUGUUGGAUGCGUACAAAGUCGAAACCGCUCGCAUGGGUAUUCGACGGAUGUUAAGACUCAUCUGGACCAAAGGAAACAGUGAUGAAGGGAAAGGAGUUCAGACUCACUUGAUCGAUUGCUAUAAAGGACUCUUUUUCGAAGCGCCAGACUCGUUUAGUCCGAAUGACGCAGCGAACUAUAUUGCUCGGAAUAUGAUCAGUCUUACAUUUGGCGCGACGUCUGCCGAACUUACAUGCCUUGAACAGCUACUGAGCACUAUGAUGAAAGCAGGCCAUAUUUCCGAAGCUGUUAUUGCUAAGCUUUGGCAGGUUUACGGCGUGCAAAAGAAAGAAAUCUCCAGAACCCAACGUCGUGGUGCCAUUAUCGUUUUAGGUAUGAUUGCUUUAGCUGAUCCUGAGGUUGUCAUCAAGGAGAUUGAGAUAAUGCUCAGGAUCGGCCUUGGAAGCCUUGGAAGGUCCGACCUGGCCCUCGCAAAGUAUACGUGUAUUGCACUAAGGCGCAUGGUCCCAGGGCGCCAGGCCAAAUCGAAAGAGUCUAGCAUCUCCAAGCUGACAAACGAUCACCCUGUGCUGAUGAAGCUUGCCGCGAUGGUUGAAACAGUCUCGGAUAGCAAGGAGUGGUAUGGGGUAGCAGAACAAGCCAUUAGCGCUAUCUACGCUUUGUCGAAACACCCGGAUGUUCUUUGCUCUGAUCUCGUCAAGCGGAAAACAAGAUCUGUUUUUCAGCCGCAGAUCCGGCGGCCGUCUUCGAGCAACUCCAAUAUUGAAGAAGAACAACGGCCUGGUACAGCCUCCAGUGAUAAAUCUGCUUCAGGCCAGAAGACUUCGUCAGCGGCGUUGUCUCAACUUUUAUUUGUUGUGGGUCAUAUUGCGAUCAAACAGAUCGUUCACCUAGAACUGUGUGAGCUUGACUUCAAGCGUCGCAAGGCAGAACAGGAGAAGAACAAACCUCUCAACGCAGCAGCUCAGAGCCACGAUAAUCCGGCUGAGAAUGACGAGUUGGACCUCAUCGGUGGAACAACAGAAGAUGACUUCACGGAAGCAAUGGCACAUAUUCGUGAACGGGAAUUGCUGUAUGGCGAGAACUCAUUGCUGUCAAAUUUCGGGCCAUUGGUUGCAGAGAUCUGCGCAAACAACAACACCUACUCUGAGCGCAAUCUUCAAGCAGCGGCAACUAUAUGCAUGGCCAAGUUGAUGUGUGUCUCUGCCGAGUAUUGUGAGAAGAACCUUCCCCUCCUGAUCACCAUAAUGGAACGCUCCGAAGACCCCAUCGUCCGGAGUAAUGCAGUCAUUGCUCUUGGUGAUAUGGCGGUGUGCUUCAAUCAUUUGAUUGACGAGAACACGGACUUUCUCUAUCGGCGGCUUAACGAUGAUGACGCUUCUGUCAAGCGCACUUGCCUGAUGACGCUCACGUUCCUUAUCCUAGCGGGACAAGUCAAGGUUAAGGGACAACUGGGCGAGAUGGCAAAAUGCUUGGAAGACGAUGACAAAAGAAUUGCUGAUUUGUCCCGCAUGUUCUUUACAGAGUUGGCAGGCAAGGACAAUGCUGUUUACAACCACUUCGUUGACAUGUUCAGUCUCCUAAGCGCUGAGCGCAAUCUGGAAGAAGGAGCACUCAGGCGCAUUAUAAAGUUCCUGAUAGGUUUUAUUGAAAAGGAGAAACAUGCUCGUCAGCUAGCAGAGAAACUAGCCGCUCGACUUCCAAGAUGCGAAACCGAACGGCAGUGGAAUGAUGUCGCAUACACACUGUCUCUUCUACCUCAUAAGAAUGAGGAAAUCGCAAAAACGGUGGCCGGCGGUUUCAACAAAGUUGUCAACACGGCGGCUGCAUAG